GCAGCAUUCAAGCGUUCAAGCAUCGCUAUACGUUUUCGCCCAAAGCAUUUCUUUCGGAUCUGCAGGACUCAAACCACAGCAGUUCAUUUGUAACCGAAAUGGACCCCAUAGUAUGACAACUUUCAGUUGACUUGAUUUGUUUUGUUUUUUUCAUUGUCAUAUUUGAUAUCUAUUUUUCUUCAUCCGAUAUCAUUGAUUUUUCUUAAUUUUUCUACUCUCAUCCACAAUUCAUUGGCAGCCAGUUUUGCUCACGAACACCCAGCUCUAAAGGGAAUAUUGUAUCUCGAGCCGAUCUCUCUCUUUCUGUCUUUCCUGCUGCUAUUCGAGAGGAGCUCGCGCACUUUGGAUUGGUACCUUGACUGGUUUACCAAGAACCGGAACAAACGGGGGAUUUAUUCUUUGCUUCUGCGCUUGUGGAAGUGGACAACGGCGGUGACAGGGUCGCCGUUCCGUCGUGAGGAAUGUACCCUGUGCUCAGGUCGGCUCGCUGAGGGAGAAUAUUAACGCGCUAUCUUUUUCUUCUCUCUGAAUGAAAGACUGCUUUUGCACCUUUGGUUUUGUAUUCCCGAGGUGCUUGAAUAAAGGGACUAACUCGGCAGCAGGAGAUCAUCUUGGAGAUGCACUACAUUUGAUUGGUUUUACGCAUUCACUAUUUCGUCCCUUUUUUUUCUUCUUCCAUUUUCAGAUCGUGAUAUAGAGUUUAAUUGCCUCAGUCAUUCUCUUGGGCGUUUCACGUCUCUCUUUUUUUGGACAUAUAAUUUCGGAUCGGAUUGUAAUCCUCCCGAAAGACCGUAAUAAUGGGGGACUCGAUGUGGAGAUAUUAUUUAGGAGUUUUGUUUAUUGCGUGCAAGGUGAUCUUGACCAGGGCGAUAAUUAUGGACGCCAUAUAUUGGAACACAACAAAUACAAAAUUCGUGCCAGGACAGGGCUUGGUGUUGUACCCUCAGAUAGGGGAUAAGUUGGACAUAGUGUGCCCACGUGUGGACGCAGUAGCUGAUGGGGUGGAGUAUUACAAGAUCCACAUGGUUCCCAGGGAGCAGCUGGAGAGCUGCAUCAUCACCAAGGCCGACACGCCGCUGCUCAACUGUGUGAAGCCCGAUCAGGACGUCAAGUUCACCCUGAAGUUUCAGGAGUUCAGCCCCAACCUGUGGGGCCUGGAGUUCUUCCGAGGACAUGACUACUACAUCAUCUCAACCUCUAAUGGCACCAUGGAGGGGCUUGAGAACCAGGAGGGAGGAGUUUGCAAGAUGAAAUCCAUGAAGAUAAUCAUGAAAGUGGGACAAAAUCCCUCUGAUCCUGUCUCACCCAAAGACAAAGACCACCCCACCAGAUACCCUCCCAAGCAGCCCGACACAGUGGGAGAAGACUCCUACAAACCAAACCAAGUGCUGGAGAAGACAGAUUCGUCGUACAGGGAGGGCGAGGGCGACCAGGGGCCGGGCGGUAAAUCCUCCAGCAUCAUCGGCUCCGAGGGGGCCCUGUUAGCAUGCAUCAUCUCGGGCAGCGUCAUCUUCAUCGUCAUCAUCAUCAUGCUGGUCCUGCUGUUGCUCAAGUACCGGCGGCGGCACCGCAAGCACUCUCCGCAGCACGGCACCACGCUGUCCCUCAGCACACUGGCCACGCCCAAACGGGGCAACAACAAUGGCUCGGAGCCCAGUGACAUCAUCAUCCCUCUCAGGACUUCAGACAGCGUCUUCUGCCCGCACUACGAGAAAGUGAGCGGGGACUACGGUCACCCGGUGUACAUCGUUCAGGAGAUGCCCCCUCAGAGCCCUGCCAACAUCUACUACAAGGUCUAAACUCACCUCCCUGGCAGGGCGCUUUUUGGAUUGGUCCCUCCUUUCCCAUCUCUCUGUUAUUGUUCUUGUUGUUUUUACAGAAACGUUACUAUUGUGGUUAUUAUUCCUUGUUGUUGGGAUUCGUUGGAGAACACAAAAAGAAAAGCUGCUCGCUGGGGAUUUUUGGGGGAAUACCUCCUAUCCGCUCCUUUUCUCUCCCAGCAGCUUGCGUGUUUGUGUGUCUGGAC